AUGUCAGCUCCGCAAAUCUGUAAACGUCUCGAUGCCAUUUUAAAGUUCAUGGAACCCUAUUGGCCAUGGGUAAACUGUCACAUGGUCAAUUUUAUAACUGACAAUCAUUGGACCAAUUUUGUGCCCAAUGAAAUACAGGAGGAGCUACAAAGUUCUGAAGCCAUACAUGAAUGUAUUGAAUCAGUUUUUUGGGCGGAGGCAUUCAGUGCAAACACAAAAUUCACCGAAACCGCAGCAUUUAUUCAACGAACCCAGGCCCAGUGCCUUGAGAGUUUUAACGAAAUUUUAUUAACAAAAGAUGAUCUGGCCAAAUGUGUACUGUCAAAACUCAGUACGGAACAGGCCCAAAAUCCAAUUAGCAUUAAGGAAUUUUUAAGUGAAAAGAAGCGACAUGAGGUUGAAAUCACAGCCAAUCUAAUAAACGACUUAAUUCGGGGUACCGAGGCUGGCAAUAAUGCAGUCAUUGUGGAUGCAGGAGACGGCAAAGGUUAUUUAUCUUCACGCUUGGCUUUGGAAUAUGGCUACAAUGUGUUGGGUAUAGACAGCAAUCCCUCGAAUACCGAAAAUGCCAUGGAAAGAAACAAAAAACUAAAAAAAGCUUGGAAUGGUCUUAAAGAUAGAGCAGAAUUGGAGUCAAAGGGCAUAACACCACCAAGACGGGGAAGACAAAAACAAAAGACAAACGACAACACCAACCCCAAUGUUACAGACUCCGACAAUUAUAAAACAGUGGAGAAAUUCAUAACUACAGACCUCGAUAUAGCCGGUCUAAUUCAUGAUUAUUUCCCCGAAUUACCUGAACAACAAACCGCGGUGUGCUUGACUGGUCUACACACGUGUGGUAAUCUUGCAUCCGCCUGUUUAAAAUUAUUUCAUCAUCAAGAAAAAUGCAAAAUUCUCUGCAACAUUGGCUGUUGCUAUCAUUUGCUAAAAGAAAUGUACUCUGGACAGGAAUUCUUUGGCAACAAACAUAUACUGGACAUGAAUCCAGAAACUGGGUUUCCUUUGAGUUCAUACCUGCAAGAGAAACGUUUAUCUUUGGGAAGAAAUGCUCGCAUGUUGGCCGUACAAUCGACAGAUCGUACCAAAACCAGUAAAGAACUGCCAAAUAUCUCCCUACUCUACCGAGCUCUGUUUGAGAUACUGGUUUGUGAAGCUUUUCCGGAAAUGAAAGAUGCCGUUCAAGUUGGUAAAUUGCGAAAAUUCAGCAAUUUCGCUGAAUAUGUAGAACUGUGUAAAAAGAAGCAUCCCUGUUUGGAAGUUAUAUCCCCCGAAAGAAUAACAGCCAUUGCUGCCGAAGGUGUCAAUCAUAAAAGUCAUUUAGACAUGUUUUAUCUGCUACGCAUGACUUUCGCUCCUGUUUUGGAAAGUAUUAUAGUUUUGGAUCGCCUGCUUUUCUUGUUGGAAAAUGGCCAUCAACAGAGCUAUGUUGUGGCUGCAUUUGAUGCUGUUGUUUCACCUCGACGUUUUGCAAUAAUUUCAAUAAAAGAAUAAUACAACUUUUGGUUACCAAAAAUCCAAA